UCUGGAUAUGCUGUUUUUAUGGAUUAUUUUAACUGUGGGUUAUUCCGUUGAAACUGUAAAUGGAGAUCCAUCAGAAACAUCUAAACUGGACUUUAUUAUGAACGAACUUGCCACAUUACGGCAUGACUUUAAUAGUCUUCAUUCUAAAUAUGAGAAUCUAGAAGCUGAAAAUAUGAAUUUGAAAUAUGAACUUGAUUCAGCUAAGAAUAAAAGACAACUAGGAGAAGGAAUUGGGUUCUACGCGAGGAGGAAACAAAGUGGGGCCCUAGGAGCUCAGCAGACUAUAGUAUUUGAACAUAUUCAUGAAAAUCAUGGUAAUGGUUACGACUCGCGUCAGGGACAUUUUACAGCUCCGGUUUCCGGAUUGUAUCAAUUCUCCACAACAAUAUAUUCUAUGGAUAAUUAUGGUGUUCAUUGCGAAAUGGUCAAGAAUGGUCAGAAUUUGGGUCAACUAUUAGCUCCCGUUCCUGGCUACGCAUCUUCUACACUGAAUGUUGUUAUCUACUUGAGCGUCGGUGAUCAUGUUUGGGUCCGACAUCUUGGCUCUGCAAUAGAACGACUGAAUGCAAAUGAUUAUUCUUCUUUUUCUGGCUUUCUUAUUUCAGUAUAAAUAGGUGAUACAGAGGUUUCUGUUUCAGAAUAAAUCAAUAAAAUUCUUGA